GCAGUGGGAAUGUGCGCGUGGGCCUGCAGAGGGAGCUGCACGCGCUCCACUGAAGCGGCGCUGUGUGGAACAGGACAGUCCGGGGUCUCGCGCUCUCGUACAAGGCCUACUUCCGUCAGCGCGCCGCUCUCGGAAAUUUUCUUUCUACGCAAAAUAUUGUUCCUGUUUCCAGUCGAGCGAGCCGAGAAACCGCGUUCCUGCAUUUCCUAACACGGCUUCAGUCAGUUCAAGGUGGAUUGACCUGUCAUGAAUGAGCCGAUCGAAGGCGGCGCGAUCUCGUUUGACGAGUAUGUGCGCCAGAAGGCUCGCACCGUACCCCAGCACCGCAUGAAGGAGUUCCUGGAGUCGCUGGCCACCAAAGGCCCUGAGAUCCUCCAGGAGUUCAGCCAGCAGACCAGUGGCACCACUACUACCAUGGUGUACCAACAGGGGGCUAAUUGCAUCUACACCGACAGCACAGAGGUGGCGGGGUCGCUGCUCGAGCUGGCAUGCCCAGUGCAGGUGACCUCUACACAGAUCUCACCACAGCUGGCUGCAGCUGUACAGCAGGCAUCUGAGCAGCAGAUUCAGGUCCAGGUGCAGAUCCAAGGGGAGCAGGGUCAGACAGUUGGUCAGGUGCUGCAGGUGGCUUCUCCUACCCAUCAGCAGCUGUCCGGGGUCACUACAACACAACUGGUGCAGCAGGGUGAGCUAACUGAAGAACAGCAGCAACAGAUCCAGGCGCAGUUGGUAGCAGCCGUUGCUGGAGGUCAGCAAAUCCAGAUCCAGACAGUUGAGGCUCUGUCUCCAGCUCAGGCCCAGCAGCAGGGUUCGGAACGGGAGGCAGACCGUCGCAUCGAAGUGUCAACAGGUGUCCUGCAGCCAGCUAAGAAGCGCAAGGUUGAUGUGCCUGCCGUAGUGUCUUACCAGCUGGCACAGGGCCAGCAGUUAGCCACCGUACUGGCCAUUCCCCAGGGCCAGCAGCAGGGCUACGUGUCACUGAGGCCAGAGCUCCUGACUGUAGACAGCGCGCACCUGUACAGCACCGCGACAGCCGGCACCAUCACGGGUGCGUCAGGAGAGACCUGGACUAUCCCGGUGUAUCAGCAGCAACAGGGUGUAGCACACAUCGCCAUCCCACAGGAGGCCUAUAGCACAGUGCAGGUGCAGGACAAAGAUAAAGACAAGAUGACGACGGCCCAGGUUGCAGGUGCGGUGGCGGUACCUGUGUCAGGGUCGCAGGAGGAGGUGGUGCACUCUCUCUUCCCAGCACAGUUCAUGAAUGGAAACAUCCACAUUCCAGUGGCGGUCCAGGCUGUCGGAGGAGGCUACGCAAGCACCACCCAAGCGCUGCACAUCUGGGACCCGCAGCAACAACAACAACAGCAUGUCCAGGAAGCUGAAGCUCAGGAGCAGCAGCUCCAUCUGCAGGCGGAGGCUGAGCCACAAGCCGAAGCUCCUCCUGAGCUGCUUCUUCCUACGGUGCUGAAGCCAGAGGAAGGCCUGGAGACCUGGAGGCUUUGGGUGCAGCGCAAAAACGCAGAGCUCGAUAAAAACGAACAGAACAAGCUGGCGCCGAUUGGCCGCCGCCAGCCUCUGCGUUUCAGAGAGGAUCUGGUCUCCAGUUCAGUGGGCGAGCUUAACGUGGCUCUGUCUCUCAUGACCCAGGAGGCCCGUGGUUUAGAAGGGGAGACGUUUGAGCCAGACGCUCUAUAUUACAUCUUCUUAUGCAUACAGAAAUACAUGUUCGAGAACGGCAGGGUGGACGACAUCUUUUCAGACCAAUACUACUCCCGCUUCUCCCAGUGCCUACACAAAAUCCUGGAGGAAUGGAGGCCCAGUGUCCAUCCUCUAGGUUACAUCCUCCCCAGUCAUGUGACCGAGGAGAUGUUGUGGGAGUGUAAACAGCUGGGAGCUCAUUCUCCAUCUACUUUACUCACUACACUAAUGUACUUCAACACCAAGUAUUUCCACCUGACCACCGUGGAGCAGCAUAUGAAAGUGGCCUUCUCUAAAGUGCUGCGGCACACCAAGAAGAACCCAACCAACCCAAAAGACAAGAGCACCAGCAUCCGCUACCUAAAAGGAGUCGGCUCUCACCACGUCGGCCAGAAAGUGACCGACGAUAUGUACGCAGAGCAAGCCGAGGAUCCAGAGAAUCCACUUCGCUGCCCCAUCAAGCUCUACGAUUUUUACCUCUUCAAAUGCCCCCAGACUGCCAAAGGUCGGAAUGACACAUAUUACCUGACCCCAGAGCCUGUCGUAGCCCCGAACAGCCCUAUAUGGUACUCAACCCAGCCAAUCACGAGCGAGCAGCUGGAGCAGAUGCUCACACGCAUCAUGGUGGUGCGGGAAAUCCAAGAAAUCAUCUCCAUCACACAGACCAACAUUCAGUGAGGGACGAUGAGGGAGAAGGAGAGAGAGAGAGAUGAAAGAAAGGUUUCCACCUCCGAGCUCCUCCGUCUUCGCAGCCUCACGGCGACUCGGUCGCUCACAAACUCAAAAGGAGGGAAUGUAGCCAUCGCUGUGUCUCCUCGUGCUCCGUAUUUACAACCUGAAGCACGCACCAGUGGUGGCACAUGGGCAGAGGAGGCAACAAUACCUACAUUUACUUUGGAUUUAUAGAAAAAUAAAGAAUUUGAAUAGGAAUUAAAACUGUUACUGGCCAGGCAAGGGGAAAUUGGACAUUCUGGCAUUGCCUGAUCGCUAACCUAAAAAAAUCAGUGUUUGUUUACUAAUUAACAAAAUGCAACAGAUGUUCGGUUUGCAUCUGUUGCUCUGAGCUGAAGAAUUCAAAACAUUAGCAUGACCAUUCUACUGUCAUUCAAUUGGAUUUCUUUGGAUGUUCUGUUCCUAAAACUGCACUACAUUGCAUCAGGGCCUUGAUGCUUUCUGAAUUUGCAGUGAGAAUUCUCCACACUCAUACAUACUGUGUGUGUGUGUGUAUGUGUGUAUGUAUAUAUAUAUAUAUACACACACAAUAUAUUAGUUAUUAACAAAAUAAAAUAAAAAUCCACUAUCUCGAUGAACCAGGAAUUUUUGGGAGGUGCCUCCUCUGACCAGCCGCCACUGGAGGACCGAACCGAACUUGCAAGCCUUUUUUUUUUUUUUUUUUUUUUUAUUU